ACUGUAAAACGCAACUCUCACGAGACACUGCGAGACCCAAGAUGGCGGCCCCCUACGACUACUAAACAAACUUCCCUCCUCGGGCAUAAAACCUUCUUGUUCAUGUCGCAUUUGUCUUCACCUGCUGAUUUUCCAGUUUUCAGUCCAAACCCGGACCACGUACUAAACCUGGACCACCUGGAACGACGGGUGUUUUCACAGAAUCUGCGUCAUGAACGAGGACGUGAAAAGAGCCGAAGCCAGCUCCACUCCGAGCAACAAAAGACUCCGACAGAGUUCCACCUCCGCCUCAGAUGUCCAGGAGCUGCUGGUGAUUAAAGAAGAGGUUUCCCCUGCGUGGAGCACCAGCCUGGACCAGGAGGACCCAGAGCCACUACACAUAAAAGAGGAACAGGAGGAGCUGUUGAUCAACAGUAAGGAGGGAGAACAGCUUAACGGACUGGAGGAGGCUGAUAGCACUAGCUUCGAAUUCACUGUCGUCACUGUGAAGAGUGAAGAUGAUGAAGACAAACCUCAGCCUUCACAGCUUCAUCAAAGUCAAACUGAGACCAACAGAGAGGCAAAGCCUCCAACCAGCAGCUCAGAAACACAGAUGAAAACAGAAAGUGAUGGGGAGGACUGCGGAGGAUCUGAACCUGCAAGGAACCAAGAUCCAGAUAGUCAUCCACAACUAAACACUAGCAAAAAGGCUGUAGACUGUUCUGAGACUGAUGUCAGCUCUGAUGAUUGGCAAGAACCAUUGUCAGAUUCUGGAUCUGAAACUGAAGAGACAGACAAUGGUUGGGAGGAGACCAGGGCACCUGAGUCAGGAGUAAAUGCAUUGAAAUAUAACGAAGCCCCUGUGAAUGAAACAGGUUGUCACACUGGAAAAAACUCCUUAAGCUGCUUUGAGUCUAGUAAAGGACUUUGCUACAAGGGGUCUCUUCAGAGACACACAAGUCAUUUAGAAAAAAGGUCUUCUGGCUGUUUGGAGGACGAUAAAUGUUGUGGAGUGACUAGAACGGAUGAUUCACUGACGAGAGUCAACGCAGGAUUAAAACCACAUGGUUGUGAUGUUUGUGGAAAAAGAUUUACCUUUCUAGGAAAUUUUCAGAACCACAUGAGAGUCCACACCGGAGAGAAACCAUUUGGCUGUGAUGAUUGUGGGAAAAGAUUCUCCCAGCAGACAAAUCUUAAGGCACACAUGAGAGUGCACACAGGAGAUAAACCUUUUGGUUGCGAUCAUUGUAGCGUAAGAUUUACGUUUAAGACAAAUCUUGAGAAACACAUGAGAGUACACACGGGAGAAAAACCGUUCGGCUGUGCCGAUUGUGGGAAAAGAUUUAGACAGAAGACAAUCCUUAAGACACACAUGAGAGUCCACACGGGAGAGAGACCAUUUGGUUGUGAAGUCUGCGGUAAAAGAUUCACUCAACGGGGAAACUUGAAGAAACACAUGAAACUUCACUGAGGAUAGAAACUUGAUAAUUGAAGUGUUUUUGAUUUCUUGGUGGGGCUUUUUGCAAAAAAAAUAUUGGUAAGAACCACAUAAAUGUAUUGUUACAUUGCACCAGUUUAGCUUCAGUUUCAUCACUGGCUAUCCCUUCUGUAAAUUAUGAAAUAUGUAAAAGAAACCUUUUCUUUGUUGUUCUUUGUCUAUUUUUGUAUUUGUCAAUAACUAAUUUCCAUAUGUUUUUCGUCAUCCAUGUUGUUUGAUAACUAAAAGUACUAAAUCAAAGAAAGCAGGAUUAAUGAUGUAUUAUUUAAGACUGAGUGCUGGUUAAAUAAUUAAAGGUGACUUGUUGCACUUAGAAAUAUCCCUUGAUGAAUUUCCUUAAGAACUUGUCUUGCAAAUACACAGAAUGUUUUCAGCCAUCAGGUCCUCAUCACCUUGUACAAAUGCAGGAAUAAACAAUCCCGUUUUCGGUGUGCCAGGUGAGUGAACAAGUGAAUGAAAUUCCACAGAUUUAUUGUCACAAAGUAAAACGUAUCUGUACUUUUAUUUACACCACCGACAGAAUGUUCACAGAAUGGGAAGAAACCCUGGAUGAAACCAAGCCCGAUGAAUUACAACGUUACUGCAGACUUACUUCACUGUGGACGAGUGCCAGGAGGACGCAGGGGGACCUGAGCGCUGCUCUGAAUUCCAGCAACAAGCAGAUCCAUUGAGCACCCUCAUUUGGUUAUGGUCCUGUACUUGAAGCAAGUGUGCAUCGAAACAGAUCAAAACCUGGGACUGUGGACUUUUGUGUUGUGCAGCCAGACAGUAAGCUAAAACACUGAGCAGUCCAACACAUAAAGCUUCGAUUUUGUAAAAGUUUACCGUUACGAUGUGAUGAAAGUUUUGUUUAAAUGUGAGAAAGGAAAAAGAGGCAAAUGUUCAGACCUCUUUCGCUCUGUCAUUCAACAUUAAAUACCAAAGUUAUGAACAUUUA